UGGUCGAUACAUUAUGCGUCGUCUUCCGGUGAAGAACGAAGAUCCCGAUGUGAAGAAUUCUGUGCAGAUACCUGAAAAAAGAAUGUAUUCAUUAGAACGAAGACUGAAGAACGGUGACCUGAAACAGAAAUACAUAGAGGUUUCUAAUGAAUAUGUUAGCAUGAAUUUGGAUCACGGUGAAGUUUCUCCAACGGCGGCUGAAAAGAUAUUGUCAGAUUUUUAUGUGGACGAUCUCAUGAUGGGUUGCGGAACUAACGAUCAGGGGAUUCAACUUUACAGAGGGAUGAACAUAAUGUUAGGAAAAGAAGGGUUUGAAUUGCAAAAGUCGACUACUAAUAAUGACGAUUUGGUCAAGGCAAUGAGAGAAGAUGGUAAAGUAAGUCAACGGAAAGGAAACGAAGAAAGUCUGAAAAGAAAAACUGAUGACAUAAGGAAAGUUGACGGUAUCACCUGGAACUGCAGUGAAGAUGUGAUCCGCAACAAGGUCGACGUGCAGACCUUCGAGAAACCUGAAACAAAAAGAAAGGUUAAAAAUAAAAAAGGGUACGCUUGAGAAACGCGACGGGUAACAACAUCAGUAGUGAUACGGAAGGCUAUUGGUAGUGUUAGUUAGUUGCAUGCCAAUCUGAAAACUUUAGUGCUGAUGUUGAAAUGUAAAAAAAAAUGUGUACUUACCU